UAUCAUCCGUUUACUUCUGUCUUGUGAUUUUCGUACCCCUUAACGCAUUUUUUUUACUCAAAUCCUCAUAAUCAAAUACACCUGUCGUGUUUACUGAGGGAACAAAAAUUAGAUUUCAUCGCUUGUAGUGAGGUUUUAACGCUGUCGCCCUCGCCAUGACAGAGGAUGAUGAUUUGAUAUCAAGUUCGAGUUCACACAAAAUUCCCAGUGCCGAUUUAGUGCAUCCUGAUGGACUCUGCUGGGUGUCAGUCCUGUCUUGUUUACUGCUCGCCUGUUCCUAUGUUGGAAGUUUAUACGUCUGGAAAAGUGAUUUACCAAGGGACCAUCCGUCAGUUAUAAAGAGACGUUUUACCAGUGUGCUGAUUGUGUCGGCUCUAUCUCCAGUAUUUGUGUGGGCAUGGAAAGAGCUCACAGGUGUCCAGUCUGGUGCUUCUUUACUCGCUCUCAUGGGAAUCCGAUUCGAGGGCCUCAUCCCUGCCAUCAUUCUACCCCUUGUACUCACCAUGGUACUAUUUCUGGGCCCACUCAUCCAGCUAGCUAUGGACUGUCCAUGGGGCUUUCUUGAUGGAAUCAAAGUGGCUGUUGACCCAUGGUUCUGGGCUCUGUGUUUGAGUGACAUGCGCUGGCUAAGAAACCAGGUGGUGGCACCAUUUACUGAGGAGUUGGUGUUCCGGGCUUGUAUGCUGCCCAUGCUAGUUCCCUGUGCGGGGCCCUCCAGGGCCAUCUUCACGUGCCCACUCUUUUUUGGUGUGGCACAUUUUCACCAUGUGAUUGAGCUGCUACGUUUUAGACAGGGCACCAUCUCAGGGAUUUUUCUCUCUGCAGUGUUCCAGUUCUCCUACACAGCUGUAUUUGGCGCUUAUACUGCCUUUAUAUUCCUUAGAACAGGUCACCUAGCAGGUCCUGUGCUGUGUCACUCCUUCUGUAACUACAUGGGUUUUCCGGCAUUGAGCACGGCCCUGGAGCACCCCCACCGCCUCAUUGUUCUGUCUUUCUACGUGCUGGGUGUUCUCCUCUUCCUCCUGCUCCUCUUCCCCAUGACUGACCCUCACUUCUAUGGCUGGCCUACACCCAUCUGCAGCCUGGACUCCACCCAACCUGGCUCUCUCUGCUCGUGAUCCCCCUCCAGCCAUACAGACUGUGCCCCAAUCUCUCUGCCCGGUUCCUUUUGCCCCGCCUACGGUGACCUGCCACUCAGAAUGCUGCCCAAUUUCUCCAGGUCCAUGGGUGUUUUACCGGGAGAACAAAGGGGCUGUUUGGCCAAGAACAGGUAUGUCUCCGUGAGGUUUGUGGACAAUGUCUGUGUGCCCGAGGAGUGUUCGGGCUGGUGAUUCUAAAACAUAGCCACGGCGAAACAGACGCCACGAGAGUGACCCAAGAUCAGCAUGAGGAUGUUGGUGAAUGAAGCUUAUGAGUAAAACUCUCUUGAGUGUGCUGAAGACGGGUAUUUAUAUCUUGCUGCACGUUCACCGUGUUUCUAUGAUGAUAUUUGUAUAUUUGCAUUUGGGCGGGUUUAGGGUAUAGAGUUUUAUGGUUCAGCUAGGAAGACUUGUACACUGUAUUUUUAUGGAGAUGACCCCCUUUUUGCGUCGGUGUGGUUUUGAAUUCUCCAGACUCCACUUAACGUAUAAGCUGCUUUGACUGGCCCUGUUACUUGAAGAAUGGAGUUCAACUCUACCCUGAGGUUCACUGAAAUCUACAGCUUUACACUCUGUCAUCAAGAAAGAAUUAGUAGAACUGUGACCAUUAACAGCUGCACGUCAUGGAUCACCCAACUGUAACCUCUUCAAACACAGUUGAGUCUAGGCCCAAAUUUACUUAAAAAAAAAUGUCAUUUUUAAAAGUAUUAGAACAAAGCAUAAGGGUAAUUAAUAUUAAUCUUCUGACUCACAUGCAAAUUAGCACCCAUAGAGCAUAGAUUUAUGGCUAGACAUAUUUAUUACUGACCUCAUGCCAGAUAAUUUAUGGCAUUUAAAGAUGACUGCAAAACAGCAAGCUAUUCAUAGACUAUGGUUCAAAGCUUUGUUUUUAUUACUCGAAAUAAACAGUUGAUUAUAGAAGAUACCAGCCUUUAUUGAGGGUAGCAUAUAAAUAUUUGGAAUUUUUGGUGUUAACAAUGACAUUUAACCUGUUGUAUGUACUCUAUGCACAAUUUGAGAGUGCUUUUUUUUUUCCAUCUUUCUUUCUUUCCUUCUCUCCCUUGUGCAGUCUGAUAGUAGUGUGAUGACUACCUACCUGAUGACUAGGAUUUUGAUGCCCAGGCAUUUGUUUUGACAUGUAAAAAAAAAAAAAAAAA